CAUAGCAAGAAAGAUUUAAUCAUAUAAUUAAACGUGCAUCAUAUAAGAUAAAUAUUUGUUUUCUUUCAAAAUAAAAAUAGAAAUUAGGACUUAAAAAUAAGAAGUUUUAAAUCAAAUAAAAACAAGAAAUACGAAUUAAAAUUAAACAAAAUGAGUUUAUAUCAAACUUUUAAAGUUAGUACAAGAACUUUAACUUAUAUUUCAACUAUUCAGUUUGGGAAAAGGAAUAAAUUUCGGCAUACAAAUGCGUUCAUAAUUGGUUCUGGUUUAGCUACUUUUAUGUCAGUAAAUCGGGUUGGAAUGGAAGCCAGCCGAAAAUUGAGCACUAUACAUUUUAUGGCUGAGCCAAUAACCAGACCUGACGAUCUUUUAGCUCGACAUUCCGACAUGAAAAGUAAAAUGGAGCUAUUAAUUAUGAAAAUACAGGCAGAUUUUUGCCAUGCUCUUGAAAAUGAAGAAAAUUUUGGACAAAAAUUCAAAGUAGAUCGUUGGGAACGUCCCGAAGGCGGUGGGGGUAUAACAUGCGUUCUACAAGAUGGAGAUGUUUUUGAAAAAGCAGGCGUCAAUAUAUCUGUUGUGCAAGGCACAUUACCACCAGGAGCUGUACAACAAAUGAGGGCUAGAGGUAAAAAAUUAACUGCUGGCGAGUUGCCCUUCUUCGCUGCUGGUGUAAGUGCUGUAAUACAUCCUAGAAAUCCCAUGGUUCCAACAAUACAUUUUAAUUACCGAUAUUUUGAAGUCGAAGAUAAAGAUGGCAAGCAAUGGUGGUUUGGGGGGGGUACCGAUUUAACGCCGUAUUAUUUAAAUGAAAAAGACGCAAUACAUUUUCAUAAGACAUUGAAAGAAGCUUGUGAUGAGCACGAUUUAAGUUAUUAUCCAAAAUUUAAAAAGUGGUGUGAUGAUUACUUCAGAGUCACUCAUCGAAACGAAUGUCGUGGUAUUGGCGGUAUUUUUUUUGAUGACAUUGAUGGUCCAAAUCAAGAAGCUGCGUUUAAAUUUGUCGAAGGAUGUGCUAAUUCCGUCAUACCAUCUUAUCUACCGUUAGUAAGAAAACAUAAAAAUGAUCCUUAUGGUGACCGUGAACGCGAAUGGCAAUUAUUAAGACGUGGAAGAUAUGUUGAAUUUAAUUUAAUAUAUGAUCGUGGGACAAAAUUUGGUUUAUAUACACCAGGCGCCAGAUAUGAAAGCAUUUUAAUGUCACUUCCAUUAACAGCUAGAUGGGAAUACAUGAAUCAACCAAAAGAAAAUACACCAGAAUAUCAAUUAGUUGAAGUCUUAAGAAACCCUAGAGAUUGGUUGAAUUCUGAAAAGUUAAGUAAAAUUCCUAUGGCAGCGAGCGCUUGUGCUUAAAAUUGAGACUAAAUUUUAGAAAAUAUGGUAUUUUAACUUGGCAUGAUUAUAGAAUAAAUAUACAAUUCAUAAUAUCAUCAAAUCAUAAGCGAACUUUGAAAUCGAUCAUUUCUCUUAGUUUUAGGUGUAAAAUUUUUGUAAUACAUACAUAAAUAUAUAUGUACAUAAAUAAUGUUAUUUUACUAUGUAUUGUUACUAUAUAUAAAGAUAUUUUUAGGCAUAUUUUGUAAUAAACUAUAUUUAUAAAUAUGGAAAAAAUUAAAUAAAAAAAAUUUU